AUGAAACAGCGGCUCUCUAAGUUUUUAGUGAUCUUCAGAAAGGUGAACAUCAACAUUCCGUUGGUGGAGAUGCUACAGGAGAUGCCGCAGUAUGCCAAAUUCCUUAAGGAUAUAGUCUCGCGCAAGAAAAAGUUGGGGGAGUUUGAGACAGUACACCUCAAUGAAGAAUGCAACGCGAUCUUGCAGAGGAAGCUACCGACGAAGGUCAAGGAUUUGGGCAGUUUCACACUUUCCUGCAUUAUUGGAGGCCAACAUUCCGGGAGGUCACUUUGCGACUUGGGGGCAAGUAUCAAUCUCAUGCCUUUAUCUAAUUUUCAGCAUCUGGCAAUUGGGGAGUUGAAGCCUACAUCUAUGAGGCUGCAGAUGGCAGACAGGUCGGUCACUUAUCCACGUGGAGUUGUGGAGGACGUGCUUGUGAAGGUGGGGAAUUUUAUUUUCCCUGCCGAUUUUGUGGUUUCAGACAUUGAGGAUGACAACAAAAUUCUGUUGAUUUUGGGGCGCCCGUUCCUUGACCCAGGUGAUCUGAAUUCUAAAGGAGGAGGCAUGACUGGCAAGAUUGGAGUAGAGCGCAGCUGGAUGCAGCACAGCUUGUACCAACCUCCUUGA